AUGGCUUCGUCACUUCUGACAUCUUCCGGAAUGAUCCCUACCACCGGUUGUCCGGUGGAUGAGGAAACAGGUUAUAUCCCAGUGAUAUGCGUCAUCGCACGAAGCAAAGAAAGAGAUAUUAAGGCGGCUUGGGAAUCAGUGAAGUACGCAAAGAGGCCGAGGAUACUCGUAUUCACUUCUACUAGUGACAUUCACAUGAAAUAUAAGCUGAAAAUGACUAGAGAAGAAGUUGUCGAGAUAACAAAAAGUAGCAUUAGGUUUGCUAAAAGUUUAGGCUUCAAAGACAUCGAAUUUGGUUGUGAAGAUAGUGGCAGGUCCGAUAAGGAUUAUAUAUGCAAGGUUUUUGAAGAAGCGAUCAAAGCGUGUGCAACCACGGUGGCCUUCGCGGACACGGUGGGGAUCAACAUGCCGCAAGAAUACGGAGAACUUGUGAGAUAUGUCAAAGCAAACACUCCUGGAAUUAAUGAUGCUAUCUUCAGCGUUCAUUGUCACAAUGACCUUGGUGUUGCUACCGCCAACACAAUAGCCGGUGUAUGUGCUGGAGCACGUCAAGUCGAAGUAACAAUCAAUGGAAUAGGUGAAAGAAGUGGAAAUGCAUCACUUGAAGAGGUCGUGAUGGCUUUGAAAUGUCGAGGAGCAUACCUGAUGGGUGGUGUUUAUACAAGAAUAGACAGACGCCAAAUUAUGGCUACUAGCAAGAUGGUUCAAGAAUACACUGGCUUGUAUGUUCAACCCCACAAGCCUAUAGUUGGAGCCAACUGUUUUCUUCAUGAGAGCGGCAUUCACCAGGAUGGGAUAUUGAAAAAUCGGAGUACAUAUGAGAUCUUAUCACCAGAAGACGUAGGAGUUGUAAAAUCUCAAAAUUCAGGCAUUGUUCUUGGAAAGCUUAGUGGACGUCAUGCGGUGAAAGGUUGUCUGAAAGAGUUGGGAUAUGAAAUCAAUGAUGAGAAAUUGAACGAGGUAUUCUCACGGUUCAGAGAUUUAACCAAGCAGAAAAAGAGAAUCACGGAUGAUGAUCUCAAGGCAUUAGUAACGCUGUGUGGUGAUGAAAUCUUCUCCUCAGAGAAGUUAAACGGCAAUGAAAUCAACAGUAAAGGCUAUGCACCAGACCCUCAGAUUUCCUCAGUGGUAUAA